AAUUGUUCUACCAGAUAAUAAACACGAAUAUAAUGUUCUCAAAGAUUCUUGCCAUCACAGCUUUCGUAGCUGUUGCUCAAGCAGGGCUCGUUGAGUUCCAAUCAGCUCACUCUCCAAUAGCACACAGCUAUUCGGCUCCAGUAUCUCACGCAUACGCUGCACCAGUAUCCCAUGGCUACGCUGCUCCAGUAUCUCACGCAUACGCUGUCCCAGUGUCCCAUGGACACGUUGCACCAGUAUCCCAUGGAUACGCUGCUCCAGUAUCUCACGCUUAUGCUGUCCCAGUAUCCCAUGGACAUGUUGCACCAGCUAUCUUGAAAACUGCUCAUCAUAAUGAAGAUUACUACGCACACCCCAAAUACGAAUUCAACUACGGAGUAGAAGAUGGCCACACUGGAGACCACAAAUCCCAACACGAGCAACGUGAUGGUGAUGUAGUCAAAGGGUACUACACCGUGGCUGAACCCGAUGGUACUCUCCGUACCGUUCACUACACCGCUGAUGACCACAAUGGUUUCAACGCAGUGGUAGAGAAAUCUGGACACCCAGUACACCCCGCGCCAGCACCUGUUCAUGGAAAGGUUCUCCUUGCUGCCCCAGUACAUGCUGCUCCAGUACAUCAUGCUGCCCCAGCUUACUACCAUCAUUAGACCCUUUACAUGUUACUUGAUUUGAAUAUGUCCCUAAUGUGUUCCAUUUAUUUUUAUAAUAAAUUUUAAAAAGUUUAGUUA